UGGCAUUUUAUCAUGUUUCGUGAAAAUAUAUUCCAUAUUUCACGCAAACUAAAAAAUAUCCUCUUAAUAUUAAUGUGACUUAUACAUUUUCUUUUUGGCAUCGCAGUGAAAUCGGAUAAAGGAUAAAAUCAGUGUUGCUAUAAAUAGUAACUGAAGGCAGAUGACGAUGACAACAAAUGUGGAAAAAUCCAACGGUUCGUGGCGCAGAGAUAUCAAACCAAGAAAUAAUGGUGCCGACUUUGAAAACCAGAUUGACGACUGGUAUAAGGAAAAUAACGUGGUUUCCAAGUUAAUAACAUCAACACGUGGUGACACGACAUACGAGAAAAAAGAGGAUGAGGUGCAUAUGGACCCGGAAUGGGAAAGGCAAAACUUGCGAUUUGGUUGGGGAAAGUGGACCCCAGACUGUCUACAAAUAUUUAAUACUAUUCGAUGGUACGUGUUCUGGGUAUGCAUCUUCAGCAUCGUUCAAGGUUUUAUUGUCAACGGUGUCGUCAACGCCAUCAUCACGACUUUAGAGAGGAGGUUCGAUCUUCCCAGUUCCAAAUCCGGCCUCAUUGCCAGCUCCAACGACUUCCUGGCGUUCUUUUUAGUGCUGGUAAUCAGCUUCUAUGGAAGUGAGCGUCACAAACCGAAACUUAUAGGCAUUGGGGUGAUUGUUCUGGGAUUGGGUUCAUUUAUUUUCUCGAUACCCCAUUUCCCGCCAGAUCUGUACGACUAUGGUGGAUCAGAUCUCCAUGCCUUUGAAAACGUAUGCCGCCCUAGCAAUGGAACUAUGGAAUGCUCACAACAGGAGACAGUCUCUAACCACCAGAAUUAUCUCUACGUAUUUAUGUUGGCCAAUGCUCUACAUGGUGCCGGGUCAACGCCAAUGUUCACUCUGGGAACCAGUUUUAUAGACGAGAACAGCAAGGCUGAGCAAACACCAUUGUUUCUUGGUAUAAUUUACUGUGUAGCAGCCCUAGGGGUAGCUGCUGGCUAUAUGGGUGGAGGCCAGUUUCUUAACAUAUACACAGACGCGGACACUGUUGACACAAGCAAAAUAGAUAUUACACCAAUGGAUCCUAGAUGGGUCGGUGCAUGGUGGAUACCGUUCCUGAUCAGCGGAGCCGCCAUGUUUAUUAUAGCUAUACCUAUAUUAGGAUAUCCAAAACGUCUGCCUGGAAGUUUGAAGUUACAACUGCAAAGGAAAUCGGAAGCCAUCAAAGGCGCAGACGACAAUUUGCAGCAAAAUUUUGGUAAAAAUUGGAGGGAUUUUCCAAGGGCAUUGUUCAACUUGAUAAAGAAUCCGACUUUCCUAUUCCUGUCACUGAGUGCAUGUACAGAGGGGAUGAUAAUCAGUGGUGUUGCAACAUUUGGCGCCAAAUUUCUGCAAGAAAAGUUCAAUCUCCCUGCAGCGUUUGCAAGUUUUGUCAUGGGUAUAAUCACGGUACCAGGGGCGGGUGGAGGUAUGUUAUUGGGAGGUUUUAUAGUGAAGAAGAGGAAACUGAAAUGUAAAGGAAUUAUAAGGAUGAACAUGAUUGCUGCAUUCCUCGGUAUACUGGUCAGUUUUGUCUUCUGGUUACAAUGUCCUACGCAGAGUAUUGCUGGUGUGACGUCAGAAUACGUCUCAGGAACUUCUUAUAACGGUCCGGUGACUUUGGAUAAUCAGUGUAACACAGACUGCGCAUGCUCGGGUGCUAUGUACGAGCCAGUGUGUGGAAUGGACAUGAGUAUUUACUUCACUCCUUGCCAUGCUGGUUGUAAUGAACAAUUUGUGUUGAUGGAAGGCCCGAUGGGACCUUUCAAAAUGUACACAAACUGUAGUUGCGUUGCAUCAAGUAUAAUAUAUAAAAUGAACGUUACUGUGCAAGAUAAAGAAACCAUGACAACCACGCUCCCAACAACACUUCCGGUUUCCACAGAAAGCCUCAUGUUUUCUAACGAAACUGGACCACCUUUAGGUGCGUUCCAGGGUAUAUGUAUGUCUGACUGUAAGUUAUUGUAUGUAGUUGCUCCAUUGUUGUUUGUUGGAAUGCUGAUCACAUUUAUGACAUGUUCUCCUACACAAACAGCCACCAUGAGGUGUGUACAAGAACAUCAGAGAUCGUUGGCUAUUGGAUUGCAGUGGCUCUUUCUCAGACUUUUAGGAACCACACCUGGACCUCUUAUGUUGGGGUCUAUAAUGGACAGUGCUUGCCACGUCUGGCAAGAUAUUUGCGGCACAAGCGGACAUUGCUGGAUUUACGAGAAGACUAGCAUGGGCGUGAAACUCUUUGUUUGGUGGAUUAUAGUUAAGAUAGUGGCCUUUGCAUUCUACUUUGCCGCUCAGUAUUUUUAUGAACCACCAAGCGAUGACAACGAUAAUGGGAACAGUGUAAAAGAUGGUGCUGAGCCUAAUGACGUAGAAAGUGACGAGAAAAUAGAUCUUACUUUCCAAGAUGAAAUUGAGUGCAAAGAAUCGGUGAUAUGAUGAUUUGACUUGAUAAAAAACUAUAACGCCAGAGCUUUCUUUUAAGUGUGUUGUAAAAGACUACACUUGUAACAGUUUGGAAAGAACAUACCAUGUUGGGUUCUUAAGGACCUAUUAGACGUCAAACAUCCCUAGCUUGAUCAUUUAACCAAUUUCUUUGUAUAAUUUAAUUUUCCUUAACUUAGUUGAGACUUUUCAACCGUUUAUUUCACUGUUGAGUGAGUUAAUGUUGUGUGAGAGAUGUUGCUCGCUCUGUUCAUUAUCUUGAUCAAAUCUAGUCAGAAUAAUCUCCAGCAGCUGCUUGACAUACAUUUUGCUUGGAUUAAAAUCUCCCAUUACAGGCGGAGAUAUUGCUAAUAUAUCAAACAUGUGAAUAAAGGUUAUCAAAGGGGAACCUUUAAGUGGGCUUUAUUUGGAGAUGAUUUUGUUCUUUUUAAACCAUGAAGAGUUGUUGAAGAGAGGUCUUUACUAGCAGGAUGAUCUGUAUUCAGAGGUGGUCUUUAGCACAGGUUUGACUGCAGGUCACACAGAGUAUCUUUAAUUAAAGAAGGUCAAACCGAGUUUGUAAUUUUCAUUAUCGUUGCUCUUUAUUAAGGGGCCUCCCCUAUUCAGAAUG